GCUGCAAACAGAGGAACUCUGCUUAAGCAGUCCUGUCUGCAGCAGGGGACUAUGCGUUCGUGCAACAAGUUGGAUGGAAAUCACAACAAUCGCCAACUAACUCACUUGGUGUUGAGUUUAAGUGAUGGUGUGAGCACUCGGUAAAGGGAGAUUUAUGCGCAAAAUGCAGAUUUUUCUCCCUUUGCUGUGUGUUCUGUGCGCCACAUCGGCCCAGAGCAUUUUCGACGGAACCUGCCUCAGAAAAGACCCUCCCCCUGGUGUGUUGGUUUUAUCCCCAGGCAGUAAGUUGGUUAUGACCUGCAGCAGCCAUGUGAAGGUGGACGGCGUAAAGGUCCACAUAGCCAGAAACAGCUCAAACACCAACAGAGGAGGGAGUCCUUCAGAUGCAAUCCCAACCACUGUCGCACCCACUAUCACACACAUUGCAGGCAACAGUGGAGGUUCCAAGAAAAGAAAUAGUCACACUGUGGAGAAUUCUGUGAGUGAGGGCUACCGUUCCAAUACCACUGAGGAAGGAGACGCAAGAAGCCCCCAACAUACAGAUACAGGAUACACAGCUUCUCCCACCCCUCGCACGGUCCAGCCAACCAGUGUGAGCAGACAGCGAAAGGGUGAAUCCAACCUGGAGGCUGAAGGGAUGGAUGGAGAGGGCAAUUAUGAGGAAGAAAUGGAGGAAGAGGAGGACGAUGGGGGAGAGGAAGGGAGCAGGGUAACAAGGGGCAUAAAAUCGAGGCCUCAGUGGAAGUGGAAUGGGAGGAUGGUUGGAAAAGGAGACAGAGACUGGGGAGAAAUCACAUUUGAGAGGAGAGGGGCUUCACUGUCUCUGUCCUCAGUAAGACUGACAGACUCUGGGAAGUACACGUGUUAUUACCGAGGCAGAGAGAGGUUGUCCUUAAAAGUAAUUGUCGCAGAUCCUCCAGAGAAUCCCAGCCUGUCCUGUUACAAAAAGUCACCCACCAGUAAGAUUCGCUGUGAGUGGGCACCUCAGAAGCCCGUCACCAUAUUGCCUAUGUGUUACCUCUUAUACAGUAAAAGCCCGACAGAGAAAUUGAUGCGUUUGCAGUGCUCAUACUCACCUCGAGCCUCCCGCUGUUGGUGCACUCUGGACCACAGUGAGGACGAGCGGAGAACUGUUCACAUGGCAUACCUGUGUGUUACCAGCAUUGCAGGCAAUGCAACAAGUGCCCUGCUGCAAUUCAUGCCUCUGGACAUUUUAAAGCCAGACCCUCCAUCGCAUGUGUCUGUUCGCCAGGAGGAGGGACAGGAGAAGAGGUUGACGGUCACCUGGAGUUUUCCGGGCUCCUGGAAGCGUCAAGACAAGUAUUAUGACCUCAUUUAUGAGGUCAAAUACAAACCUCUCAUGUCCUCAACUGAUUGUGAACAGAUCCAGAAGAUUGAGCGCCAGCGCUCAUACACCAUCACUGAUGCGAUGUCUGGUGUUGAGUACAUGAUACAGCUUAGAACUAAGGAUGAGUUUGAUGGUGUGUGGAGCGACUGGAGUACACCUGUCAGUGGCAGCAGCUGGACAGUUCCAUCAUCAGCCCUGCCAUCGGAUUAUGAUCUUGAUAACAGAACGAUCACAGAUGAAGGCUCUGGUUCUGGUGACUACGGGCCUUAUGUUACUGAACCAGUACAAGGCAAAGAUGAGGUGCCACACCAUGUCCUGUGGAUCUCUGGGUCAUUUGCUCUCUUGUCAGUCAUUUUGGCCGCCUACUUAUUCAGACACAAGGACAGAUUUUUGUCUAAACUCCAGAGUUUGAGUGUCGUCUCCCAGUGUGGUGACUCGCGUCUGCCUUCGCCCUUCGCCCCAACAACCCCAACAGUGCCAGCAGUCCCAGCAGUCCCAGAAGGGCAGGCUCUGGUGACACUUGGCCUUCCACGCUACAAAAAAACCCCACUGAGUGAAGUGGAAGAAGGGGAAGAAGAAAGUGACGAAGAACAGCAGGUGAUGGAGGGGAUUGAUGCCAUGCACUUCAACAACACAAGUUAUUUCGUCCUCCAGCAGUACUGAUAACCAUGCAGAAAAGGGAAUGAAACUAGCCAGAUUAUUUUAACUGCUUUGUAUAGUUGGAUUGUUGUUUUGUCAUCUGUAAAAAGGAAACUGGACUCCAAAUUUGUAUGGUUCUUCAAUGAGCUUCUGUUGGAAGCAAACUCAGGAACAGCUAUUUUAUCCUAUUUCAUGCCUAAAAUACCUCUAAAAGACUUUCUUCUUGCUGUACUUGUCUUAAGAGCAACUUUGUCUUAUGUAUGUGCCUAAAAAUGUGUUGAUAAACUGUAGAUUGUAUGUAGGCCUAAUUAUAGGCCUGUGUCUAGCAUAUCACCUCGUGUUCUGUCUGUACAUAAUUUUAAUUAUAUUAAGAUUUAUCAAAUAUGUCACUCAAACCCUGCAGUUCAAUGUCCACAUAUUCUUCACAAGGUUUGAAUAAGAAAAGUUGCUGUCAAAAGCAUUGGUUGUUUAUCUGUUUAAGCUGGGUUGAUCAUCCUGUUUAAGGAUGUGUUUUGCUCCAUAGAAAGUUCAAGGAAUCAAAAACAGACCCUUAAAGCAUUUCUGGGAAAUGUGCAAAGCAGGCAGCCACCUUCAGGCCCCCGACCUCAAGGCUUUCUGGUUUAGGAAUAUUAACCACUAAAGCAUUCAGUAAUAUCAGUUGAUAUGACACAGGCCUCAAGGGGGUCCAUAAGCCUACUUGAUCUUGAGGCUCUGCUUUGAAGGUGAACCCUGCCCUAAAAAUAAGACCUUAAUUAUCUCAGGUUUGUACUUACAUGUUGCACAUUAUGAAAUGCAGCCUAUUUAAUCAAAUGUAACUACUCAGUAAAAUCUGGGGCCACCUAGCCUAUUCUAUUAGGCCCAUAGAAAGCAUGAUAUAACUGAGAGUGAGCGAGAGGAAUGAACAUGGAGUUAAUACAGGGGGGAAAUGAAUAGGAUUUUUUAAUAGAUUCAGUGACAGUGGCUAAAUAUAAACAGCUGCCCAGUCACCCAGCCUCCACAAGGGGAUUCAUCAGGCAAAUAGGAUUUGUAGAAAAGUAAGUUGAUGAAAUGAGUCAGUGAUCAAACUGCUAAGAAGCUCUGAGCUGACAUAACGCUGCUGUUAUGUCCUAUCAUGUAGUUGUCAAAUUAGUCCCGCUUUAAACAAUGUUUAUUUAAUAAUAAAAAAUUGCAAUGGU